AUGGAUGGGCCACUACGUGAUGAGGCCGCGCAAGAUCGCGUGCGCUCUGCCACUGAAUUUCUUGAUCCGAACGAUGCCCGCGCACGGAGUUAUCGAGCCGAUAUUGUUGUUAUGCUCAAUCGUAAUGAGCGACGUUUGACUGUCAGCAUUGAUGAGAUCAGAGCACACAACCGUGAGCUCGCUGAUGGACUGCUCUCCUCGCCUUUCGAUUAUUCGCAAGCCUUCGAUUCCGCCUUGAAGGCGGUUGUCAAAACACUCCCUGGACGUCCGAGCAAAGAAACGUCCGACGAUGCGAACUAUUACUGCGCCUAUGUGGGAGCAUUCGGAGAAUUCUCCUGCAACCCCCGCACACUGGGAUCGCAACAAUUGAAUCAUAUGGUGUCCCUGGAGGGUAUUGUGACAAAGUGCUCAUUGGUUCGCCCCAAGAUUGUCCAGAGUGUCCACUGGGUACCCAAGAAAGAGCGUUUUGUGUCCAGAAAAUAUCGCGAUCAAACCAUGAGUGCGAAUGGCGCAACUGCCUUGAAUGUUUACCCCCAAGAAGAUGAGGAAAAGAACGCCCUUGUCACCGAGUAUGGUUAUUCCACCUACCUAGACCACCAGUCGAUCUCCAUCCAAGAGAUGCCCGAACGUGCCCCAGCAGGCCAAUUGCCUCGAAGUGUCGAUGUCAUCCUGGAUGAUGACCUUGUUGAUACUGCAAAGCCCGGAGAUAGAAUCCAACUUGUGGGAAUUUACCGUACCCUCGGUAACCGCAACGGAGGAAAUGGCUCAUCGACCUUCCGCACCGUUAUCAUGGCGAAUAACAUUAUUCAAUUAUCCUCGAAAAGUGGCGGAGGUAUUGCCGAGGCGACUCUUACCGACACUGACAUUCGAAACAUCAAUAAGAUUUCGAAGAAGAAGAACGUCUUUGACUUGUUGUCCAAGUCCCUGGCUCCCAGUAUUCACGGGCAUGACUAUAUCAAGAAAGCUAUCCUUCUGAUGCUUCUCGGUGGAAUGGAGAAGAAUUUGGAUAACGGAACACAUCUUCGUGGUGAUAUCAACAUCCUCAUGGUUGGUGAUCCCUCGACUGCAAAGUCCCAGCUUCUCCGGUUCGUGUUGAACACCGCACCUCUGGCCAUUGCCACCACCGGUAGAGGUUCCUCAGGCGUCGGUUUGACUGCUGCUGUCACUUCCGACAAGGAAACAGGCGAGCGACGACUGGAAGCCGGUGCCAUGGUUCUUGGAGAUCGUGGUGUGGUGUGUAUCGAUGAGUUCGAUAAGAUGAGUGACGUUGACCGUGUGGCUAUCCACGAAGUCAUGGAACAACAGACGGUCACAAUUGCCAAGGCUGGUAUUCACACGAGUUUGAAUGCUCGAUGCAGUGUGCUCGCAGCUGCCAAUCCAAUCUACGGCCAAUAUGAUCCUCACAAAGAUCCUCACAAGAACAUUGCUCUUCCGGACUCUCUCCUUUCCCGUUUCGAUUUGCUCUUUGUUGUGACCGAUGACAUCGAAGACACUCACGACCGAAGGAUCUCUGAGCACGUUCUGCGUAUGCACCGCUACCGCCAGCCUGGUACCGAAGAAGGAGCUCCCGUCCGGGAACAGCUCAACCAAACACUCGGCGUGGGCGUUGACGACCGCCAAGAUUCCAAUGGGCCCAGCGAGGUCUUUGAGAAGUUCAACGUCAUGCUUCACGGUGGUAUGAUCGAUGCUGCCAACGCUGGUCGUCGCCGUGGCAAGAACAUCGAAAUUAUCAGCAUACCGUUCAUUAAAAAGUACAUCCAAUACGCUAAGAAGCGUAUCCAGCCCGUGCUCACCAAGGGAGCCGCUGACCACGUUAUCGCUACUUACUCCGCCCUCCGAAACGACGAGCUCACUGGCAACAAGCGCCGCACAUCACCUAUCACACCCCGUACGCUCGAGACUCUGAUCCGUCUGUCUACCUCACAUGCAAAGGCACGUCUUUCCAACCGGGUCGAGGAAAAAGAUGCCAAGCAUGCCGAGGCCAUUCUGCGCUUCGCCAUGUUCAAGGAAGUCGUGGAGGAUGAGCGCCGCAAGAGACGCAAGGUGACCACAUUCGAAGAUUCAUCUGAUGACAGCGAUGUCGAGGGUGACGAUGGUUCUGACGACGAUGAAACCACCGCCCGCGCUACCUCAACCGCAACCCCAGGCAGACGCAGCGGCCGUUCCCGCGGUACUGCACCGGCAUCUAGUGCUCCCGCUCCCGAUGAAGACGAGGACCCAGAUAGUCUCUACUCAGCUAGCCCGCGCGCCCAGCGUGUGCGCUCGAGCCAAACAACUCGUACCCAGACUCAAUCGCAGACCGAAGACUCUCAGAUGUCCAUGGCUUCGUCGCACCCGGCCUCGCAGCUCAUGGAAACCCAAGCAGACUCACAGGGAACGUCUUCCACAGAUGCUGCUCCUAUCACCCCUGCGCGUAUGGCAGUCUUCAAGCAGACUUUGGGUCUGCUCAUGGGUAAGCGCGUGUUCACAGAUAGCGACACAAGCAAGGUGAACGACCUCAUUGAUGUCGUCAACACUGCUAUUCGGGAAUCACCCAAGCAUGGCGCAUCACAGACAUUCUCUCGCUCUGAAGCUGUCCAAGCUCUGCGUGUCAUGAACGAUGAGAACAUUUUGAUGUACCUCGAGGAGGAUGACGAUGUGUACCGUGUUUAA